GGUGUGGAAUCGCGGCCGGCUAAACCAGCGCCACCACAACUGCGACGCGAAAGACAGCUUCAAGCGGCAAAGAAAAAAUCUACACCUUAUAUACCGGGCAUCGUAAAUUUGCAAGUGUUAGGCGCCGGUGCAAAUGGCUCACCAAGCGCAAUCUACCUAUUCACCGAUCAGGCCCGCUAUUUGUUUAAUUGUGGGGAGGGCACACAGCGUUUAGCACAUGAGCAUAAAACAAAGCUGGCGCGGCUAGAACAUAUUUUCGUUACACGUAACACAUGGCCCAUGGUAGGUGGAUUUCCUGGUCUAGCAUUAACGGUACAAGAUGCGGGCGUUAAGGAAAUGGCUUUGCAUGGACCACCGCAUUUAGAUAGUGUGCUGCACAGUAUGAAGCGUUUCGUAGUGCUCAAGACGCUGAAGGUAAACACACGGGAUUGCACAGAGCAGUCGGAUUUUGAAGACACCGUCAUGAGCGUCAAGUAUGUGCCGCUGUAUAAGCAGCAACCAGCAGCACCCGAUUCAAUAGAUGCGCAAAACCAAAUGGUGGUUGCGUACAUUUGUAGACUUAAACCACGUCCAGGUGCACUUAAUUUAGUUAAAUGC